ACACCACCGUCGGCCGUCGGCUCGGCUCGUCGUCGGCUCAACUCGCGACCGUACCAUCAGUGUUCGAGCGCGUCGCUCCGCGCCAGCAUCACAAGAGGCGAAACCCUCCACUGCAAGCAGAACCGGAACGCGUGUGCAGGAGGCGCGCGCUCGCGUGUGUGCAGUCUCCUUUGUGUGUCUAUAUAUAUAUAUAUAUAUAUAUAUAUAUAUAGCUCGCUCUCUCUCUUACUCGCAUAUAUAUACCGUCGCUCUCCACUACCGCGCUCUCUCUCUUUCUCUCUCUCUCUCUCAUUUCAUCUCGUUCGCGCAGCACCGGAGAGAGAGAAGCUGUCCGCCUCGCUUUGUGUGCGGCGCGCGGACCGCGAGAAAGCAUAAGCAACCGAACGCGCUGCACCCUAGCCUCGGACAAGAUGGCCGCUGUUUACGUCCGGCUCGGCCUCGUCCUCGGCUUCCUGGUGGUACUGGGGGCCGCGGCCCGAUUCGGCGACCCACCCAGGACGCUCCACAUCGACGCCGACUAUUCACCCCGCAAACCUCUCAUCGUCGAGCGCUCCGUCAGCACGGAAGAUGUCGCGGAACAGCACGCGAGAAGCCGGAGAGACGUGCCGCCGGCUGAUUCCAAGACUCCGGAACCCUCGCCGCCGCCCCAUCACGUCAACAACCCCAACAUUACUGCCAAGGUGAACGCCCUGAACGACUCGCAUCAGCAGCUGAUGGUUCACUGGGUUGGCGAAGGCUCGGACGUGAUAAUCUGCCUGGCGAGAGACAGCAAUCCUCUGCCUCGGUUCUUCCAGACAGUGCAGCCCGCGGUCGCGGUCAACCCCUCGGCUGUCUACAUAAGCUACGACUACGGCGACACCUUCCAGAACAAGACGGACAGUUUCAGAGUGUCGGACGAGCCCGACGCCAAGUACGCCACGCUCGACAAGUUCUACAAUCACCCGACGCAUAAUAAUCUCUGUGUGUUUGCUGACAGUGCGAACAAGUUGAUAUUCAUUACACACAAUCAUGGUCAUGACAUCGAGCGAAUCAAGCUCGACUUCAGCCCGAGCGAGAUUGCCUUCUACGAUAAUCAAGAGUAUGAUGCGUCCGCCCUCGUCCUCCUGGUGCUGGAUAAGACCACUCCGAUGCGAAAGCUGUACAUGACGACGAAUCGCGGCAAAACAUGGAACCUGGUGCACGAGUACGUGAAAGCCUUCUUCUGGACCAACAGUCGGCCGAAGAAUCUUCUGAUCGAGCGCACAGAGCCGUCGGGACAGAACAACGUCAUUGAUCUCGGGCAUAAUGCAUGGAAGUGGAGCAAGAGAAACUACACUGAAGUUAUCAGCAACGUUGAAGACUUCCAGAUACGCGGCGACUACAUGUUCGCCACGAAAAAGCCAGCGAAUAACAAUACUCAAGGCCUGGAUCUCUUCGUGUCGUACAAGAGCCAGCCGUUCGUACCGGCGCAGUUCGAUACUGAUCUUGGACGCCGGGAUUAUCACGUCGCCGACGUGUCGUACGACAGAAUUUUCGUAGCCGUAUCUCAUACGGAGACUCUGGUCAAUCUGUACAUAUCCGAAAUUAUCGAUCACCGGGCUGCCAAAUUUAUCCUGUCACUCCCGAAUAUUCUGACCUUUUUCCCCAACAAUACGUGGAAGGAUAGCUGGCUAAGCGACGUAGCCGACGAAGCCUUCACCGAACUCUACAAAGUUGAGGGUCUGCGAGGUAUUUACAUUGCUUCUCAGGUCCAGGGCACGCCGAAGCUCAAUUCGAUCGGACCUGAGCACUUGCUCUCCCUUAUAAGUUAUGAUCACGGAGUGACGUGGAACAAAGUCAAGGCACCAGAAUCCAACCACAAGGGUCUGUAUAACCAGUGCAACCCCGAGACCUGCUCGCUCCACUUAUCGCAAAAGUUCAGCCAGCUGUACCCGGUCUCGCGAGCCGCCUCGAUCAUGAGUUCAAAGUCCGCGCCCGGAAUAAUUAUGGCCACUGGAGUCAUCGGUACUAGUCUGAAGGGCCAUCCGGCGCUCUAUGUAUCCAGAGACGCUGGUCUCACGUGGAAGCAAGUACUCCAGGACUACUACUUCUUCAAUAUGGGAGAUCACGGUGGUGUUCUUGUUGCGGUGAAGUAUUUCAAAACGAGAGGAGAAACCAGAGAUAUAUCCUACUCCAUUGAUGAGGGAGAGACCUGGCAGACUCUUGAGUUCAACGAGAAGAUGCUUCGAGUAUAUGGUUUAAUGACUGAACCCGGAGAGAAUACGACUGUUUUCACGAUGUUCGGCUCUGGCAGCGGACAACACCAGUGGCUUAUUAUCAAGGUCGAUUUGAGCAAGGUAUUCGCCAGAAACUGUACCGAUGAUGACUUUAAAUUUUGGUCGCCUGCUGCACCCAAGGAAAUAUCGUCCACUUGCGUUCUUGGUCGCAAAGAGACGUACAAGCGCCGAAGCGCUCGUGCCAACUGUUACACAGGACAAAAUUUCGAUCGCCCGGUAAAAACUGAGAUCUGCCCGUGCGAUGCUGUUGAUUAUCAGUGCGAUUUUGGCUUUAUUCGACAAUCCAAGCCUCAGUGGCCCUCGUACACAUGCGUUCGCAAUAAGAGUCUCGAAAAUUACGAUCCAUAUGCAGUACCGGCGACAUGCGCACCUGGAAAGUUCUACAACCGCACGAAAGGUUAUUUCAAAAUUCCCGAUGACGAUUGCGUUGGAGGACGUGCCAAAGUCUUCGAACCUGAUGAGAUACCCUGUCCGAUGCUGGAGCUUCCAGAAUUUCUUUUGGUAGCCCAACGUGAACGAAUCUCUCGCAUCGAUCUGAAGGAGCAAAAACUUGAGGUCCUUCCUGUUCACGAUCUGAAGAAUGUUAUAGCAAUCGAGUUUGACAUUAAAAACAAUUGCCUCUACUGGGCUGACAUUGUUAAUGAUACAAUUGGCCGCCAGUGUUUCAAAUCCGGCAAGAGUGCUCCCGAGAUUCUUGUUGAAACCGAUUUGAGUUCUAUCGAAGGUAUGGCUUUAGACUGGGUUUCCAAUGUCCUGUAUUUCGUGGACGGCGUCAAAAUGAGGAUUCAGAUCAUCCGAACUGACAUGUCGUCGAUGGGUAGAAUGAGAAGAACAAUUCUCGGACCUAACAAUGUGCAAAAACCUAGAGGUAUCGCCGUGCAUCCAAUGGCAGGUUAUAUGUUCUGGACCGAUUGGGCUCCUGGUAACGCAUCCGUUAACAGAGCCAACUUAGAUGGAACUAAUGUCAAGCAAUUGUUCCAUAAUAGAGUUGAAUGGCCCAACGGCAUCACCAUCGAUCAUAUUGCUGAGCGCAUUUACUGGGUGGAUGCCCGUCAGGAUUAUAUUGGAUCCUCAGAUUUCGAGGGCAAUGGUUUUAAGAAGAUCAUUCAGAAUGAUGAACGCGUAUCACACCCGUUUGCUGUAGCCGUAUUCAAAGACAAUAUGUACUGGGACGAUUGGAAACAGUCAAUGAUCUUCGUUGCUGAUAAGGAUCAUGGUUUCGGUGUUUCCACUAUCAUCGGUCAGCUUGCCGGUCUCAUGGAUUUGAAAGUUUUCGCACAUAGUGUUCAGUCUGGCACGAACAAAUGCGCUAACAACACACUCUGUUCUCACAUCUGUCUGGGUGCUCCGAACGACGGCUACGUCUGUCUGUGCCCCGAUGGAAUGGUUAUGCAAGACGGCAAGUGCAUGUGUCCAGGCGGUGUCACGCCUUACGCCAACUCCACUUGUCCACGCGUCGCUAACAGUUGUGCUGCUAAUCAAUUCGCCUGCGAUAGUGGCGUUUGCAUUCCAGAAUUCUGGAAGUGCGAUGGUGACAAUGAUUGUGGUGACCAUUCUGAUGAAAACUACUGUAACAAAGUUAAGUGUCAGCCAAACACCUUCACUUGCGAUGGCGAGAAGUGCAUACCGAGAUACUGGGUCUGCGAUUUGGACAGAGAUUGCAAAGACGGAAAGGACGAGAUGAACUGCACAUAUAGCAAUUGCACCGAUUCGCAAUUUAGAUGUGACAACGGCCGCUGCAUAUCUCAUCGAUGGUUGUGCGACGGUGAAGACGAUUGUCGCGAUGGUUCUGAUGAAAAGAACUGUUCUACGUCCAUUCCACCAAGUACAUGUAAAUCCGAUGAAAUAUCCUGUAAAUCUGAUAACAACUGCGUACCUAAAACCUGGAAGUGCGAUGGGGAAACUGAUUGUGAAGACGGUAGCGAUGAAGAUGAUUGCACAAGUGUAGAGUGUGAGGUUUGGCAGUUCGAUUGCAACGCUUCUGAUAAAUCACAUCGUUGUAUUUACAAGUCUUGGGUUUGUGACGGCGACACGGACUGUCAAAACGGAUCUGACGAGGCCAACUGUACUUCGUCGGAAUCGCACUCUCCAACGCCAACACCAUCUCUGCUGCCAACCAAUUCGUGCAGUGAGUGGAUGUUUAUGUGUCAGAAUAAGAAAUGCGUGCCAUACUGGUGGAAGUGCGACAGUGUUGAUGACUGCGGCGAUGAUUCCGACGAAAUGGGUUGUGGCUUCCCUGACACAAGUAAUUCUGGGACAACAGCGGCUACGACAGAUGAGCAUCCUCAUGUUUGCCGGGAAUUCCAAUUCCAGUGCUUCAAUGGAGAGUGUAUCGAAACUUCCUGGAUGUGCGAUGGAUCCAAGGAUUGUUCAAGCGGUGAAGACGAAUUGUAUUGUAGUAAUGGACCGAUUGGCUGUAAAGAAGAUCAGUUCAAAUGUUUCGUCGACGGAUCUUGCGUGCCUCUGAUAAACAUAUGCAAUGGAAUCCAAGAGUGUCCGGAUGGCAGCGAUGAAAGAGGAUGUGAUCAUCAUCGUCCGAGUCCCCCACCAACUACUUCGUGUCACACUGGCUUCUUCCCUUGUGACGAAACGAGAUGUUUCCCCCUGUCAGCGUAUUGUAAUGGCAAACAAGACUGCUAUGAUGGAUUCGAUGAGAGCAAUUGUGAGAAGAACAACACAAGAGUUUAUCAAGUUCUUAACAUCGGCGUAGACGAGAGAUCAACUAAUGCUACAACUCUCUUCUUGUACUGGUGGAUGCCUAUUCCGAGUAAUAUUACCUUUGAGUUCAUGCCGUCUAUCGCAUUAGCGGAACCAGGAGCAAAAUGGACUAAUGCCAGCAGAUGGGUCGAAGAUACCGAGUAUCAGUUCAAUAAUCUGGAGCCGUACACACGUUACAACAUGACCGUCUACGUUAAGCUAAAGGGUCUACCUACUAUAUUCCCUCCAGCAAGAUAUUUGAUUGUCACGACCGGUGAAGGUGUCCCAAGUCCACCAUGGAACGUUACUGCUGUUCAGAGGAAUGGAACACGUAUUGAAGUUACUUGGCAACCACCGAUACAUCCUAAUGGCCAAAUAACUGGCUACCGUGUGUACAUGACGCCUCCUAUACCGCCAGCUCCUGUUUACCCACAGCAAAAGACGACUGUAAUAAUCGACGAUGCCUUUGAAGCUGGUAAAAAUUAUUCAUUUUGGGUGGUUGCCAAAAACAAGGAGCACGAAUCAGAAUCGUCCAACGUUGCAACCAUUACUUUCGAUGGUUCUGCCAAUAUCGAUCACAUUGAAGAUCUGAAAGUAAUCGACAAGACGAACCAUUCUAUUACUCUAAACUGGAAGAAAAUCGACAGCGCUGAUGGUUACAACAUCACACCGCGAGGUCCACCUUCCUAUCCACUACUCGAUACCUACUCUACGAAGUCCAACACUUAUGUUGUGGACGGUUUAGCACCUGGUACCAGAUAUACUUUUGAAGUCACCGCUACAAAGAAGAAUUACGUGGGCAAAGCAAGCUCUAUCACUGGAAUGACAAAAGAUCAGCCGCUACCAACGGUUACGAUUCUGGAACCGCAUCUACUCAAAUCACAUGGUACCACUGUUAAGUUAAGUUGGGAUCCACCUAAAGGAACGAGAAAGGUCAAGUGGCAGUAUGCAGUUCAUUAUGCGCUUAACAUGCAAGAUGUUUACAAAGCUCCUAAAUUGAUAACAACUAACUUGACUGCUACGAUCCGUGAUCUUGAAGCUUGCGAAUACUACAUUUUCGCUGUAGGUGUUAAAGGAGACUAUGGUGCCGGAUCUUUGAGUCAGCCUGUGACUGUUGCUACUCAUUUCAAUGCCAAGGCUCCACCAAAAAGGCUUAGGGUUAGUCGAGCAGAAAAAGCCGAUACGAUGAUUGUUUCAUGGAGCUCGAGUUGUCCAACGAUCGAUGAACCAAUUGCAUACACGAUUACUGUUACUGAGAUGACUCUUAACAAAACUAAGGUCUUUACCCUGGCAGCGACAAACGAGACAGUUUUGAAACAUCCUUUCCGCGAUAUAAAAUACGGAGGUCGCUAUAAUAUCAGUAUCUCCACCGAUGUAGAGGGGGCCAUUCCAAGUCCGUGGGUAAUCUAUAACGCUCCGCCAAUCCUACCACCUCAUCAACUCACAGUAAGGUUCGCGGAAGGCAACUAUGAAAUCUACUGGCAGGAACGACAGUUGCCCGAGAGCAUUGCAAAGACUACUAAAUAUCACUACGAAGUCCUAGUGAAUGAGGGUGAGCGUACUAUUAACGAAUCCACUGCAGCUAUCUUCAAGACAAAUCAGCCACCCUACAUCUAUCAAAAUGCCAAGCUUGACAAAAUCUAUGCGUUUGCCGUGAGAUUAGUAACGGAAGAAGGUUACAGAAGUAUAAUGAGCGAGACAUACCCGAUUCUACGGGCUCGACAUUUAUCUUGGACACCCCCGAUGAAUGCUUCCAGUAUUCUCUCUCUUGCCAUACCGAUCUGCCUUCUUGUAAUUGCUUUAGGUGCUGCUCUAGCAUACUUCGUUAUAAGACACAGAAGAUUGUCGAACAGUUUCACGCAAUUUGCCAAUAGUCACUAUGAUACGAGGCGAGGACAAGCCACGUUCCCUGGAACCGUUGAUGCUGGUUUAGAAGAAGAGGAUAGUCCUGUGAUUCGAGGAUUCUCCGACGACGAACCACUGGUUAUAGCGUAAGAGCAGACAUCCUGUACAAGACGCUGAUCACAUUCUAAUAGAGGUACGAGAAAACGGGAUUUUUGAAUAAUAGUUUUUUUUCAUACGUAGGAUAUUAUCUUACCGAAAUACAAAAAAAAAAAAAAAAACGACAACAACAAUAACUAUUAACAAAGAAAGAUUUUAUGUAAGUCGCUCGAGGCGCGAGGACGAUUAUACGCGUAAUUUCUAGUCGUAGUGCGUCGAUAACUCGCCCGAUGCCUAAAGAGUGUAUGUUGGUUAAUUCUUAUAUGGAACGAAGAUUCGUUACUUGUGUCAAAAGACGAAAAGAGUAACUAGGAGGUAAAAAUAGAGUUUUUCGAAAAUCGCACGAUCUGACAAAAUCGAGAUGAUAAUUAAUGCCAUUCAAAUGAUAAUAAUGUUUAAAUUAUAACCAGAGAUCGACAACUUUUUUUCGAGAAAUUCAUAAAAAGGUCGAUUGAUUUUAUAAAUAAGUAGUAUUUUGAUAAGAAAUUGAAAUUUUUGUUAUAUUGUAGAAUAAUAGUUUGUAUUAAAAAAGUUGGCUGUUUUUGAAGCAAACUAAUUAGAAUUUUAAACUUAGCGACCAAGCCAUCUAUUUACUCUUCGGUGGAAAAAAUUCAUAUCGUCAUAAAUGUAUACAUACAUUUAAAAAAAAGGUUGCCGAUCUUUGCGACAAAUGAAUUUUGAUCCUAUAAUUGAGCGGCGGAGCCCUCUUUGGUGCUUCUCAGCAGGAGACAUUCAGGAUGCCAUAAUUAUUGUGUAUGUAAAGGCGUAUAUGUUGGAUAAUUUUUAGCUUUUUUUAACCGUUAUGAUUUAUUUGUUCUCUUUUUUUUUACAAACUGAGAAAUUAUUUUGAUUAAUGCACUUUUUUUCUACGAGCUUUUUGACACACAGUGCUAUCGUAUAUUAUUGGGUAAAUUUGUCAAAAAAUAUAUAGACCUAAUGAACUUCAACAGAAUAAUAUUUUUUGUCACUCUCUGUAAUCAUUAAGAUUACGAGGAUGUUUGUUUCGUUUUACCAAUGCUGUGACUCCGUUUUUUCUUUCUUUAUUUAGUAAAAUGUACGUACCUGUUCCUAAAUACACGCGCAAUGCGCGUCGAGCGAAUGUUGUAUCUUCGUGAAUUAUUAUAUCGUAGAUUCUAUUUUUCCCUUCAUUUUUUUGCAAUGUUUACGUUUAGUCGCAUGAUCACGUUUCAAAGUGAUGGGCACCUACCAAAAUUUAAAGAUGAUCAAUUUCUUCAAAACUAAUUGAAUAUGUGAAUAUAUUUAUGUUACCAUAAAUCAAUUUUUCUUCUUGAAUGGUAACAACUGUAUGUGUAAAAUACUGAAUUAAAAUGGAGAUGAUUUUGUAUUGAAAUACUGAAUAACUUGAUCUCAUAUUUUUCUAAUAAAACCUUAUGACUAUAAAAAUAUAAUUUCUAACACCCUUAGUGCCCAGAACUUGCACCUAGUAAUAUUGAUUAAUUCAUUUUUAAUUUUACAUUUGGUUUUGCUCUCUCUAUGCAAUAGGAACACCAACAUCCCUCCUGUUUAAUUACUUUAUCUCAUUCAAUAAAUAAAGGAAAAUCGAUCAUUUUUCAAACGAAAUAUUUUCGAAAUAAUAGACAAACAAAUUUUUUUUUGAAGAUCACUCUUUUUUUGGGAGACACAAGGUUUUUAUUUACUAUAUACACGUGGUUCAGUGGUUUUCUAAUUUAUUCAAGAUAAAAUACAAAUGAUUAUUGAAAUAUAAAGUAAUCAUGAAUGUUCCUUCUUUACCCAUUUUGCAUUGAAUACUGAUGUGAAACUUGAUGUUUUUGUCCGUAAUUUUCGAGAAUCCUUUUUGAAGCGAGUCAUACAUGUGGUAUUAAUUCGUGCUAAUAAAAAUUUGCGCGUGCUGCACUUAGGAAAAACGUCAACGAUCGACUAAUGGAUCGUUAGGUAGAAGUUUACUUGUCACUAUUCAUACCUAUAAGUAUUGGAUUUGAAGCAAUUUUUUUUACAACAUCAUAAGAGGCAAAUUGACGAAAGGCGAUUCAAUAAUUUCAUGUCGCAAGACUAAUCAUCCUGGUGAUCAGAAAGACUGAUAAUAAAUUUUUAAUUCGUGACUGUUGGAAUGAAACGUGACUGGAAAACACGAGGCUUGAGAUAAUAAAAUUGAUAACAAAAAUUAUACGAUAUUAUUAUAAUAUAAAUGAAAGAAAUAACGUUAAAAAGUAAAUAAUAAUCUAAAAGUGGAAAAUUAACGUCAAAACUGAGCUAAACGAGCUUUGAGAUUUUGCUGUCCAUUAGAAGAACGCCUUUGUAUUUUCUACAAAUCAUAUAUUAUACAAAACUGUUGUUUGCAAAUUGAAUUGUAAAUUAAAGGGAAAAUCAUAUUCCUCUAUAGUAUCAAAGCAAAUACAUCGGAUUGUAAAAAACAUCAUUGUGGUGUAUUUUUUAAUCUUAGAAUUCGAGCUCAGUUUUGCAAUAUAAAAAUAUAUAUUAUACAAAUGAGGGCGAAUUUAUGAAAUUUUUUGCGAAUUUGCAACGUCGCCGAAGGUUGGGUCUUCGGAGAACCAUAUAUAUUAUUAUUCCAUUAAACAGUACCUAAAGAAACGAAGUGUGGAACUCGGAGAUUUAGAAAAGGGACGAGAAAGAGAGAGCGAAAGAAGUAGAUUAAGAAGCAAGAAUGAAAGAUAAAUGUAUGAUUGAUAGAGGGGCUAUUUGAAGACGAGAAAGUAAGUAAUGCCUUGUAAACGAAUACGAGUUAGAAAUACGUAUAGAGCCUAAGAUAUUUUAUUUUGAUUUACUGAAUAUAUAUUUUAGUCAUGAGACAUAUUGUGUUUGUAUUUACAUUUCAGUUGCGUCUAAUCAAACGUGCGUUUAUUAUAAGUUACUCUUUAUUAUGCUGUAUGUUGUUUGCAGAAUUUUCGAUCGCCAAUCAAAUGAGAUAUGCAUAAUUUUAUGUUUGUAAAUAAAUUAUGUUAUAUUUUAUAUUAAUUUGCUGACUGUUUUUUUUUAUUAUUCCAUGUUUAUAUGUUUGCUAUUAAAUAUGUCUCAGCAAUUUCAACUAAUCAAUGUACGCAACCAUAUACAAUGUUCCAAUGCAGAAUUUGAAAGAAAACGAUUACUUUUUUUCAUGAUUCUACUCGUUUUCGUUGACUAGGAAAACCGCACGCAACUUUCUUCUAAAUUUUCUGCAUUCUCGCAGAAAGUUCAAAAGGAUAGGGAAAACAUGCCAAUAUUGUUGUGUAAACUAAAAAAAAUAUAUAAUAAAUAUAAUAAUAUUAUACAAUGAAAGGCGCGUUUGGCGUACGCGUUUAUAUGAUAUACAUAAACGAAUUUAUGAUCUAUCCUAUACAUUUGUAAUCUUUACGUUUCGCUCGUCGCAAGAAAAUUAAGAACACGAUGUGAGGUGAUAAUCGAUAUGAUUGUGGAUGAAAAGCUUGGACGACUUUAUAUUUUAUCAUGUAAUACGAUCGAGGAGGACAUUAUUUGUAGUUGUUAUUAUGUGUACAUCUUCGAGGAUUAUGCAGCGAUAACAGUGAUAUUGAUAUAAUAUAUUUACUUGUAAAUAAAGCGAGUUAAGGCACAAACAA